UCUCCAGACUCCAGGGGAGGAAGACCAGAAAAAGGAGGUGUGUUUUAUGGGUGUGUUCAUCAGUAUGGUGUAUAAGAGACGGUCGUUUCGUUGACUUAUGAUCUUUGCUGACAAACGAACGAGGUUUUCACUUUUUUAGGUUGUGUUGAGAUGAGGUACAGCAGGUUAAUUCAGCAGCUGUGGGAAAGAUGGCUUUCUCUUCUGAGCCGCCUUCAAGGAGAUCCAAAGGUUGCACAGCUGCUGAACACAAGGAUUGGACUGUACAUCAGCAGAAGACCUUUCUUGGCUUUCACACUGCUGCUCUUCAGCGCCAUGGCUGUUCUGCCUGUGGGAAUCUUCCUCAUGUUUGCCCUCACAACCUUUGUUAUCUCAGCUGUAGGAUUUGUUUUCUUUGAAGUGUUCCUGUUUUUCAUUGGAGGGCUGACUCUGCUGUCCGUGCUCGCUGGCAUCGCUCUCUUCUCUCUGCUGGUUUCAGUCAUCGUUAAUGCUCUGUUCGUCAGCAUCCCCAACCUGCUGAAGCAAUAUUACUCACAACCGUCUACGGAGAAACAGAGUGAGGGUGAAACUUCUGGACCGAAGGAGGCGAAGUAGAUCGCUCCGUCCUCCCUCUAACAUGAUCGGGAUCCAGGAUCUGAUCUGAUCAGCUUCAUGGCAACUUGACUGAGAUGAUCUGCUGUCGGAACAGUUGUUCUACGUACAAAGGCUAAAAAUCAAUCUUCAGUGUCAAUCUAGGUUCAUCACAUUUUAUCUGUAUGUCGUGCAAUAUGUUUGGAUUAUUUAUAACAAGAUAACUUCAGGAUUUUGAUGUUUCAUCAAAAACGGGCUUUUAAAACUGAUUUCUUUUGACCCAGUUAAUAUUAUAAGAGUUUGUAUUGAAAUGAUUUCUGUAAAAUAGGUCCAGUGUUUAGCUAUUUAUCGUGUUUCAACUUUUAAAGCUAAAUUUCUACAUGGCCAAUAAAUUUUAGGUAUUUUUUACCCGUUUUAAAGAGAAAACCGCUACUCUUCAGCUUGAAAUGAUGCUUUUAAGAAUAAACAUGAUUUUGAAUCAUU